ACGCCCUUGGAUGCCAUGAAAGGACCUCCAGAGAAGCUGAUGUACGUGCUUUGCGUCUUAACCAGGACGGGGACCCAAAUGCCCGAUUAUCUGGCCACGGUGGAUGUGGAUCCCAAAUCCCCCACUUAUUGCCAAGUUAUUCACCGGCUGCAAAUGCCCUACAUUAAUGAUGAGCUUUUCUUCCUGGGUUCAAAUGCUUGCAGCAGCAGCAGCUUCGGAGACACCACCAAGGAACACAACUGGCUGGUCCUUCCGUGUUUCAACUCCUCACGGAUUUAUGUGGUGGACAUCGGGACUGACCCCCAAGUACCCUGCCUGUUCAAGGUGAUUGAGCCCAGAGAGGUCUUCUGUAAAACCAAUGUGGCUUCACUAUUCACCCCACGCUUUCUGGGCAAGGGAGAAGUCAUGAUCAACUCCGCAGGGGACCUAUUUGGCAAUGGAAAAGGUGCAUUUAUUCUUCUGGAUACGGAAACAUGGGAAGUGAAGGGUACCUGGAACCGCCCUGGGGAGGAGGCUCCACUAGGAUUCGACUUCGCGUACAAACCAAGGCAUAACGUCUUAUUCAGCACUGAAUUGGGGGACCCCAAAUUUGUUGUAGACCGGUUCAACCCUGAAUUUCUGAGGAAAGACUACUUCGGACGCCACCUGAAUGUGUGGGACUGGACCUCCCACUGCCUCGUUGAGUCCAUUGAUAUGGGGGAGGACUCUAUGCCCCUGGUGGUCCGCUUCCUGCACGACCCAGAUUCCUCACAUGGCUUUGUGAGCUGUUGCUUCAAUGGUUCCAUACAUCAUAUUUACAAGGAGGAGGAUGGGACAUGGAUCAUAGAGAAUGUAAUUCAGAUUCCUGACAAGACAGUCACCGGCUGGUAUUUACCCGAAAUGCCAGCGUACGCCGCUUACUGCGUUAUUUCAUUGGAUGACCGUUUCCUGUACCUGAGCAACUGGUUUCACGGCGAUAUCCGACAGUAUGACAUCACCGACCCCCACUGCCCUCGGCUGACAGGCCAGGUGUUUGUAGGAGGCAGCAUCAAUAAAGGCGGGGUGGUGACUGUGGUUAAGGAUGAAGAGCUGGACUGCCAACCAGAUCCCCUCGUGAUCCAGGGAAGGAGAGUACAUGGUGGACCCUACAUGCUCCAACUCAGCUUGGAUGGGAAAAGGCUUUAUGUCACCAACAGUCUCUAUACACAGUGGGAUGAGCAAUUCUAUCCACAACUAUCCAGUGAAGGGUCAGUCAUGCUCCAGAUCGACGUGGACACAAAGAAAGGGGGGCUCUGUGUGAAUCCAGAUUUUCUGGUGGAUUUCGGGAAGGAGCCGUGGGGUCCCUCUCGUGCGCAUCAAAUGAGUUACCCAGGAGACUGUAGUUCACACAUCUGGGCCUGA